AUGGCUGUCGUAGCAACAAUGGCUCAGACCAGCACUUCUCAGCCCAAUCUGUGGAAGCCUCGAUAUGCUGCCAAACAACAUCAAGAAAAACCGCAACCAGCUCAACAGUUCACACGAUCAAGGUCGUUGAGAGAGCCUUUCGAUGCUGCCGAACUGACCCGUAAAUUGGAAAAUUAUCGUCAAGAAUUGAAAUUGGAAAAGGCACGACGCGAGCAGGCAAACAAGAAGGCAGAGAAGGCAUUGGGCUCAGCACAACCACCAACUACUCAGCAGGAUGUCAGCACUACAGCACCAGAGGUGGAAGCAAAUGCCGGAUCGCAGCGUGCACAAGCCAGUUCUGUGCCAAAAAGUCUUAUUGCCAACGAGCAACCGGAACGUAGAAGAUCCCUCAUUCACCGCAGCCGCAAGCAAUCAGCCCAGGAAGACACAGCGCCCAUUGAGCCAGCUAAGCCUUUCAUCCCUCGAGUAGCAGCCAAACAAUUCGCAAACACAACAACCCCACUCAAGGAAAAGGCCGAAACACCAUCAACCACCUCACACCAAGCCUCAGAGUCCAAGCCCAAGGAAGUCAAAGUAAAGGACACAUCCAGGAAGCACGUCCUAGACUGGAACGAACCAGCCCUUCACCACAAGCCCUCCUCACCACCACUCCCAUCAACACUCGAAUACCCCGAUGCAGAAAAGUCUCAAGCACGUAUGCAAGCUCUCCACGCCUUCCGCGAUGCAUCAAAAGCAGGCCGCCCAAGGCCCCUCAGCACAGCAUUAGAAAACAUGCGCGACUGGGAUGCCGUCGACAACGUCUACUCCAAACCGUCAAAACCCAUUCAUGAAGAAUCAGCCUCACCCGCAUACAUCAAUCCUCUCAACCGUCCAAUGCUCAAAGCAGCAGAUCGCCAUGACUGGGCUCAAGGCAGUCAAUGCGGUGACAGUGCACGACAAUCUCUGCAUCUAUUCCGUAAAAAGGAUUCUGCGCAUGAGGAGGCGGAGAUGGCUGGCUUGAGAGCUAGUAUGAGACCUGCAGCGCCGAAACCUAGACAAAAGAGUCAUGGAGAUGCUUCUGAUCAUCUCAUUGGUGAUGCUGUUAAACAGAUCAGAGAAGAACGAAGGAGAAGUAGCCUCUUCAACAUCUUCAGAAGACACUGA